CAGUUGAAAACGCGUCGUCGUGCGGUGUGGUUUAUUAAUCGAAUACCACAACAAAAGCAGCAUAAAAAGCAUACUACAAACGCAGCUUAAGAGGCAAUUGUCAAUUGACUACGCUCUCUCUGCACACACACAAGCUCUCUCGCUGUCUCUCUCUCUCUCUCUCUGUGGCUCGCUGUAUGUGUGUUACGUGUGCGUGACUCUCACGUCAAACGAUCGCUUAAAACGAGAACACGUGAACACGUGGGCACGAAAAGCAGAUAAAAACACAUUAAUAUUUUGUGAAUAAAGCGUGCACACUUGUUGAUUUGUUUGGACGCACAAAAAUGACGCAUCGCGUUUUGGUAAUCGGCAGCGGUGGUCGCGAGCACGCCAUCUGUUGGAAGCUCACAGAAUCGGCGGUCGUGUCGCAAAUCUAUGCGCUGCCCGGCAGCUUUGGCAUUGCUCAGCUUGGCUCAAAGUGCCAGAAUCUGGACGCUGAUGCAUUGAAUGCUAAGGAUUUCGAGGCCAUUGCCAAGUGGUGCAAGCUGAACAAGAUCUCGCUGGUGGUGGUCGGACCUGAAGAUCCGCUGGCGUUGGGUCUGGGCGAUGUGCUGCAGAAGGCGGGCAUUGCUUGCUUUGGGCCCGGCAAGCAGGGCGCUCAAAUUGAGGCGGACAAGAAGUGGGCCAAGGAUUUUAUGCUGCGUCAUGGUAUACCCACAGCCCGCUACGAGAGCUUCACGGAUGUGGCCAAGGCCAAAAAGUUUAUACGCAGCGCACCCUACCCCGCUUUGGUGGUGAAAGCAGCUGGCCUGGCAGCUGGCAAGGGCGUUGUGGUGGCCGCCAAUGUGGAUGAGGCCUGUCAGGCCGUCGAUGAGAUUCUGGGCCAGCUGAAGUACGGCCAGGCCGGUGCCACUCUGGUCGUGGAGGAGCUGCUCGAGGGCGAGGAAGUAUCCGUGCUGGCCUUCACCGAUGGCACCACAAUUGAAGCCAUGCUACCAGCUCAGGAUCACAAGCGUCUGGCCAAUGGCGAUAGCGGACCCAACACGGGCGGCAUGGGCGCCUACUGUCCCUGCCCGCUGAUCAGCAAACAGGCGCUCGAGCUGGUGCAGCGCGCCGUCCUGGAGCGUGCUGUCAAGGGCUUGAUCCAGGAGCGCAUCGCCUACCAGGGCGUACUCUAUGCGGGUCUCAUGCUCACCCGCGAUGGUCCACGUGUUCUCGAGUUCAACUGUCGCUUUGGCGACCCCGAAACACAAGUGAUACUGCCGCUCCUCGAGUCCGAUCUGUUCGAGGUGAUGCUCGCCUGCUGCACCGGCCAGCUGGACAAAGUCUCCCUGCAGUGGCGCACUAAUCUGAGUGCGGUUGGUGUCGUAUUGGCCAGCGCUGGCUAUCCGGAAACGUCAACCAAGGGAUGCCUCAUAACAGGUCUGCCCGCUGCCAACACGGAGACGCAACUGAUCUUCCACAGUGGCUUGGCAGUGAAUGCCCAGAAGGAGCCACAGACCAAUGGAGGACGAGUACUUAUCGCCGUUGCACUCGAUGCCAGCCUGAGGCAGGCCGCAGCUGAGGCUACCAAGUUGGCGGGCAGCAUCACUUUUGCUGGGGCAGGCGCUCAAUAUCGCACGGACAUUGCGCAGAAGGCGUUUAAAAUGGCGCCGGUUCCAUCGCUCAGUUACAAGGACAGCGGCGUGGAUAUCGAUGCUGGCGAUGCUUUGGUGCAGCGCAUCAAGCCACUCUCUCGUGGCACUCAGCGUCCUGGUGUCCUCGGCAGUCUUGGCGGCUUCGGUGGCCUGUUUCGCAUCAACGAGCUGAGCUACAAGCAGCCAAUAAUCGCGGAGGCCACACAAGGUGUGGGUGCCAAAAUCCAGUUGGCGCUGCAACAUGAACUCUACGAUCACAUUGGCUACGAUCUCUUUGCCAUGUGCGCCAAUGAGCUGCUGGAACUGGGCGCCGAGCCAGUGGCAUUUCUGGAUUACAUUGCGUGCGGCAAGCUGCAGGUGCCACUAGCCGCACAGCUGGUCAAGGGCAUGGCCGAUGGCUGUCGGGAUGCGCGUUGCGCUCUUGUCGGUGGUGAAACCGCAGAGAUGCCAUCGCUGUAUACAAUUGGACAGUACGACAUGGCUGGAUACUGUGUGGGUCUUGUGGAAGAGUCGCAAGUGCUGCCUCGCUUUGAUAGCUAUCAGGCUGGUGACCUGGUCGUUGGAUUGCCCUCGUCGGGGCUGCACUGUGCCGGCUUCAAUGAGCUGCUCACUCAGCUGGCUGCGGCUGGUGUGAAUCUGAAGGCUGAAUCGCCGGUGGGCGGCGAUCAUGGAUUGAGUCUGGCUCAGGUGCUGGGCACCCCAACGCGUCUCUAUGUGCAACAGUUGCUGCCCCAUCUGCAGGCCGGUGAGGUGAAGGGUGUGGCACAUGUCAGCCACGGACUAUUGCACGAUGUGGAUCGACUGCUGCCCGUUGGCUUCGAUGUUGUGCUCGAUUUUGGUGCAGUGCCCGUGCCCCCCAUCUUUGGCUGGUUGGCGGCUCAGCUGAAAUUGAGUGCACAGGCGUUGCUCGAGCGGCACAAUUGUGGCAUUGGCAUGCUGAUCGUGCUGCCCCAAGCCAGUCAGCUGUGGCGCACUGCGUUGCCCGGCGCCAAGGUGCUCGGUGUGCUGCAGCAGACAGAUGCGACGGCGGCAACCAAUGUGCCACGCCUCCAAGUGCGCAACUUUGAGCAGCAACUGCAAAAGUUGGCAGCGCCCUUUGGCGGCCUAGGCAGCCACCAGCUGCCCCAGGAGCUGGUGAAGCCCCAACAACAGCUGCCUGGUUCAGUUGCACGCGAAGAGUGCUUUGAGAAUGCCGCCGGUCGCCGGCUGACACGCCUGCCCGCCCACUACACAGAUCCGAUACUCAUCCUGGGCACCGAUGGCGUCGGCACCAAGCUGAAGAUCGCCCAGCAAUCCGGACACAAUGGCAGCGUCGGCAUCGAUCUGGUCGCCAUGUGCGUCAACGAUAUACUCUGCAAUGGCGCCGAACCCUUCAGUUUCUCCAGCUACUAUGCCUGCGGCAAGUGGCAACAGCAGCUGGCCGCACAAGUUGCAGCCGGUGUGCUCGAUGGCACCCGGCAGGCAAACAGCAGCUUUAUUGAUGCCCACAUUGCCGCCCUGCCGCUGCUGUACGAGCCGCAGGUGUACGACUUGGCUGGCUUUGCGCUGGGCGUGGCCGAGCGGGCGGGAAUCUUGCCACGCCUGGACGAGAUACAGCCGGGUGAUGUGCUCAUCGGAUUGCCAUCGUCGGGUGUGCACAGCAACGGGUUCAGCUUGGUGCAUGCGGUGCUCAAGCGUGCCGGACUCGGCUUGAACGAUCGGGCGCCAUUUAGCGAGCGAACGCUGGGCGAGGAGCUGCUGGUGCCGACGAAGAUCUAUGUGGAGGCGCUGGCACCGCUGCUGGCCACACAGUCGGCGCAUGGCAUCAAGGCACUCGCGCACAUCACCGGCGGCGGUCUCAGCGAGAAUCUACCCCGUGUGCUGCGCAAGGAGCUGGCCGUGCGUCUGGAUGCAAAUAAAUUCCAAUUGCCGCCGGUGUUUGGCUGGCUGGCAGCUGCGGGCAACAUUGCGCCGUCGGAGCUGCAACGCACCUACAACUGCGGCUUGGGUCUCAUCCUGGUGGUGGCUCCCGAUCGUGUGGAGAGCGUGAUGCAAAAGCUGCGCUAUUCGCAGCGAGCUGCUGUUGUCGGUGAGGUGAUUGCGCGCAAGGAUCCCAAGAAGUCCCAGGUGGUUGUCCACAAUUUCGAGGCAGCUGUCAAGCGCAGUCAACAGCUGCUCGGUCGACCACGUCGCCGUGUCGCCGUCCUCAUCUCCGGCAACGGCAGCAAUCUACAAGCGCUCAUCGAUGCGACGCGUGACUCGGCACAGGCUUUGCACGCCGAGAUCACGCUGGUCAUUAGCAACAAGGCGGCGGUGUUCGGUUUGGAACGGGCCGCCAAAGCCGGCAUUCCAGCGCUGAUCAUCUCACAUCGGGACUUUGCCAGCCGCGAGGAUUACGAUACGGAACUGACGCGUCAUUUGGUCGCCGCUCGCGUAGAUCUCGUCUGCUUGGCCGGAUUUAUGCGUGUGCUGAGCGCACCAUUUGUGCGCCAGUGGCGUGGACGUCUCAUCAACAUACAUCCCUCGCUGCUGCCCAAAUAUCCGGGCCUGCAUGUGCAGCAACAGGCACUGGAUGCUGGCGAAAAGGAAUCCGGCUGCACGGUUCACUUUGUCGAUGAGGGCGUCGACACUGGCGCCAUUCUUGUCCAGGCGCCAGUGCCCAUCAUCCAGGGCGACGAUGUCGACAGCCUCACACAGCGCAUCCAUGUCGCUGAGCAUUGGGCCUUUCCACAUGCUCUGGCCCUCUUGGCCAACGGCGCCAUCUCCCACAGCGCCAAGGAGCACUAAAAUCCUUAAAAAAAAUAUAUAUAUUUUUAUUUCUUUUUUAUUAAUAUAUGUAAAUAUUCAAUCUUGACAAAUUAUUCAUUAUUCAUUUAACUUGAUUCAAAAUGUUUUUCACUUUUUUUAAUAUAUAUUUUUGAUCUAGAAUCUCCCAAAAUCGUACUGAAAACUGGCAAGCUUUUUUCAUAUUUAGAUUUACGAACAAAUUCUUAAGAACUACACCCAAAA